AUGACUAAUGGACUCUCAAACCCUCGAAAUCAUGCUUCUAGCUCGAGUGCAUCUACUAAAGCUGAAAAACAAAAAGAGUAUCAAAAAAGAUACUAUGCUGCACGCAAAGAAAAUAACAAAGUAUCUAAAUUUGGGAGUGGUGAUGCCCCCCAAAGUGCUUCAUCAAUAUCUUUAAUGAAUAAUAGGUCAACAGAAAGGACACCGUUAAGAAGUUUACAAACUAAUAUUACUCAAUUUCCACAAACAACAAAUGAGAACGCCUCAAGUGUUUCUACUACAAAAUGCAAGGAGUACAAUAAAGGAUGUUCUAAUACACCAAACGAUAAUGGAAUGCGUAUUUCAAAUGGCAGUCAAGUCAACCAAACCCCGAUAGAUGAUGUUACGCCGACAACCACAUUCCCAUCUGUAAUUGACGUAGUCAGGCAUAGAACAUCACGAGGUAUUCAAAUUCAUCCGCGUACUUUAUUACCCCAAUUUGCUGAAGUAGUUGAUCAACCUUCCCUCCAACAUGGGAGCGUAGAAGAUGAUCCUUAUAAUUUUGUUUACAAUGGUGUACCUGGAGAGCAUCGUGUUUUAAAUGGGAAAACCGUGUUAGCAAACUUAGAAAUUCCAGAGGAAUUGUACCGACUUUUCACGUCUCAAGAUGAAAUUGGAGAUAUGUUUAGGCAAAACAUCUGUGCUUAUAACACCAAUUUUUCUUUUGCCUCAAUGGGUGUGACAUUGGAUGAUACAUUGAACAAUAUGAGAGACGGCGUAUAUACUUUUCGUGCACAUAAAGGAAUAUAUCACAGAAUCGACCAAUUAGUUCCGAGGGAUGGGACUCCUAGGUACUUGCAGUUGUAUUUUUACGAUCCUGAUACUGAGUUAGAUCACAGACUCCGAUGGCCAAAUCUUGAUCGGCGUAUUACUCAGAUUUUAACACGCGUUCUUUCUACAAACCCAUAUGUCGAUACAUUUAGAAGACUUGCGGAACUAGGACCUCUGGACAACUAUAGAGUCACUUUGAAUACUUCAGUUGAACUUGACCAAAGGGUGUACAACCGACCAACGACAUCGGAGGUUGCUGGUAUUUGGGUUGAAGGUAAUGACAAUAUCACUUCGUAUAAACGAAGUAUUGUAGUGUACGGUAGGUCUGAAUAUAGACAAACUAUUCAGUCGUACUUCAGUUGUUACGAUCCAUUGUCGUAUCCUCUAUUUUUUCCUAAUGGUGAGUCGGGUUGGCAUGCUAACAUACCACGUCAAGGAGUAUCAAUCAAUGAGGUUCGCAACAAUGACAACAUCGAAGGAGAAAUGGAAGAGGCUAACACACGAAGUGGUAGAACAACCGUGGCUAUGCGAGAGUACUACUGUUACAAGUUCCAGAUUCGAUCUACCGAUAAUGUGCUUUUGUUCGUUGGUAGGCUGCUACAGCAGUUUGUGGUUGAUGUUUACAUCAAAAUUGAGACGUCACGCUUAGAAUUUUGUGAGAGAAACCAGGAUAAGAUUCGGGCCGAAUUGUACCAAGGUAUUGUGGAUUGCGUCAAUACUGGCGAGGUUCAUGCAAACAGAGUCGGGAAAAGAAUUGUGUUGCCUGCAUCUUUCAUCGGGGGGCCUCGCGACAUGCGACGUCGGUUUCUAGAUGCGAUGACGUUAGUUCAAGACGACGGCAAGCCUGAUGUAUUCCUUACAAUGACAUGUAAUCCUAAGUGGCCUGAGAUAUGUGAUAACUUACAUGUUGGUCAAACUGCUACAGAUCGUCCAGACCUUGUUUCAAGAGUGUUCCGGGCUAAAUUAGAAGAUCUUAAGGAUCAACUCUUCAAGAAACAUGUCCUCGGGGAAGUUAAGGCAUACGUCUAUGUCAUUGAAUUUCAAAAGCGGGGUUUGCCGCACGCACAUUUUCUCCUAAUCAUGUACCCGCAACACAAGAUCAAUAACGCGGACCAUUAUGAUAAGGUUGUGUGGGCUGAAAUUCCUAACAAACUAACACAUCCCAGAUUGCAUGAGAUGGUUGUCAAGCACAUGAUUCACGGUCCUUGCGGCAAUUUACGAUCAAGCAGUCCUUGUAUGCAGGGUGAUCCUAAAAUUUGUCGUUUUCGCUAUCCUAGACAAUUUAACGAACAGACGACACAAGGAGAAGAUUCGUAUCCGUUGUAUCGAAGGAGAGACACCGGGAUAGAAGUGGACCUACGAGGACAAACACUUGAUAAUAGAUGGGUGGUCCCAUAUAACCCAAGGCUUUUGAUGAUGUUUAACUGCCACAUGAAUGUUGAAGUUUGCUCAAGUAUAAAAUCUGUGAAAUAUCUUUUCAAAUAUGUUUAUAAAGGACAUGACAAACAGGUUAUUCAAGUCGAUCAAAGUGAGCCAGGGGUUGUUAUUAAUGAGAUAAAAAGAUUUCAAGAUGCACGCUACAUAUCGCCCCCAGAGGCUAUGUGGCGCAUUUUUUCCUUCUCUCUUUCUCAAAUCUUUCCUGCUGUUCUAGCCUUACAACUUCAUCUCCCAAAUAAUCAGAUGGUUAGAUUUAGAGAUGAUGACUUGAUGCCUAAUAUUGUUGAUAGGGAAAGGGAUAAGAGAACCAUGCUAACAGCAUUUUUUGAUCAGAAUAGAAACGAUGAAACAGCAAGGGUACAUUUGUAUAACACUUUACUUGGAAUGGAAGCACACGCCGUUGGAGUCGUCGUUUCGGUAAAAAACAAAGAGGUCGUAUCGUUUCCGCUAAUCCAGCCGAAGGAGAAAGUUAAUGGUCAACGGUGUGCGACAUUUCGGAAAGCAGCUCUUGAGUUAGGCUUAAUAGAAGACGAUGAAUAUCUAUCACAAUGUCUCGAAGAAGCCUCUACGUUUCAGUUUCCCAAUGCUCUUAGAAGGUUAUUUGCGACCAUAAUGAUUUUUUGCCAACCUGGAGAUAUUCGAAAGUUAUGGAAUGACCACUUUGAUUCACUAUCUGAAGAUCAUCGGUUACACUGUCAAAGUAUAGAACGAGUUCAAAAUAUGGUUCUUACCGAAAUAAGUGUCUUGGUACAAUCCAUGGGUAAAAAUUUCAAUGAAUUCGACCUUCCUAAGAUAACUGACGAUGUUAACUUACAAGAUGCAGGUUAUCGUGAGUUACAAGAAGAGUAUGGGAUUGUUUUGGAACCUGAACACUUGAGUGCCAAACAUUCACUUAAUCCGGACCAAAAAAACGUGUUUGAUGAGAUCAUGAUGCAUGUUGAUAAUGAUCUUCCAGGCGUGUUCUUUAUUGAUGGUCCAGGUGGAACUGGAAAAACAUUUUUGUACAUUGCCUUGCUUGCUGAAAUUCGGUCACGUGGUCUUAUUGCUCUCGCAACAGCUUCAUCAGGUGCAGCGGCUAAUAAUAUGCCAGGAGGUAGAACGGCUCACUCGAGAUUCAAGAUUCCUCUUAAUCUUGAAAAUAAUUCAAUGUGCAAUAUUAAAAAACAGAGUGGGGCCGCUAAACUGAUUCGCUCUGCCAAAAUAAUCAUAUGGGAUGAAGCGUCGAUGGCUAAACGACAAGCGAUAGAGGCAGUCGAUCGUACAUUCCAAGACAUUAUAGGUGUUAGUCUCCCAUUUGGUGGAAAGAUAAUGGUUAUGGGAGGUGACUUCAGACAGGUGUUGCCGGUUAUUAAACAUGGCACUCGAGCACAGAUUGUAGACUCCAGCGUACGAAUGUCACCUCUUUGGUCUUUGACUAAGAAGAUGCGGUUGACCAUAAAUAUGAGAGCGCUGAAAGAUCCAUGGUUUUCUAAAUUUCUUUUAAGAGUCGGCGAUGGAACUAAAGAACCAAUCGAAGGAAACUAUAUCCCAUACCCGAUGACAUGA